GUUCAUCAACUGCUGCAGGCCCAAGUGGUCUUCUGCUGGCAGAAGCAGUCCAAUUUUUAGCGAAAUUUCAAUCUGGAUUUUCUUUGAGGCUAUUGAGAACAUGUGUUAUUUUGAAGAAUACAAAUGCUGGGUAUAUUAUAUUUAGCAUUGAAGUGCUAUUGCUGCUUUGCUCACGCUAUGUAAUCAAGAAAACUGCUGCACAAUAUCAUCAAACUUGUGCUGCAUGACAGCAGGGAGAAUAAAGAAGCACUGCAAUUGCACCACAUGAGCCUCAAUACAGUGUCAUUGAUCGCUAAUAUUGAUGCAGAUUUAGUUCAAAUUCAAGGCAACAUUUCAGAGUUUUUCAUGCAAAUCCUGGCACAUCUUUCUCAGGAACUUCUGAAAUGUUAUCACAAAUCACACCUUGUGAGUGAACUAAACAAGAUGAUAAUGAUACUAGGAAUGGCAUUGCAGCUAGUUCCUGAUGAUCAUAAACACAAAUGGGCAUAUUGGGGCAUGCUAGCAGAUGCCUUACAUAGGCAAUUUCAACAUACUAGGGAUCUUACAUAUCUUGAUCAAGCCAUUGCUGGAGCAGUGCAGCUGACAUCAAAUGAUCCUGAGAUGCUGAAUGACCUUGAAAACUUCUUCUCAAGGCGCUUUAGGCAUCUUCAAAACCUUGCAGAUGUGAACCUGGCCAUUGCUGUGCAGCAAAAAGCAGUGCAGCUAACACCAGAUAAUCAUGCAAACAAGCCUGACUGGCUUAGCAAUCUUGGAAACUCCUUCUUGAGCUGCUUUAAACAUCUUGGUAACCUUGCAGAUGUUGACCAGGCCAUUGCUGCGCAGCAAGAAGCAGUGCAGCUGACACUAGAUGAUCAUGUAAACAAGCCUGACUGGCUUAGCAAUCUUGGAAACUCCUUCUUGAGCCACUUUGAACAUCUUGAUAACCUUGCAGAUGUUGAACAGGCGAUUGCUGUGCAGCAAAAAGCAAUCCACCUAACCAGAGAUAAUCAUGCACCCAAGCCUGAGUGGCUUAGCAAUCUUGGACAAUCCUUCUGGAGGCGCUUUGAACGUCUUGGUAAUCUUGCAGAUGUUGAACAGGCAAUUGCUAUGCAGCAAAAAGCAAUGCAUCUGACACCAGAUGAUCAUGCACACAAGUCUGGUCAGCUCAACAAUCUUGGAAUCUCCUUCUUGAGCCGCUUUAAACAUCUUGGUAACCUUGCAGAUGUUGAACAGGCGAUUGCUGUGCAGCAAAAAGCAGUGCACCUGAUCAGAGAUGAUCAUCCACACAAGCCUGACUGGCUUAACAAUCUUGGAAACUCCUUUUUGAGCCGCUUUGAACAUCUUGGUAACCUUGCAGAUGUUGAACAGGCGAUUGCUAUGCAGCAAAAAGCAGUGCAGCUAACACCGGAUGAUCAUGCACACAAGCCUGAUGAGCUCAACAAUCUUGGAAACUCCCUAUUGAAACACUUUAAACAUCUUGAUGAUCACUCUGCACUUGAAAAGGCAAUGCUUCAAUAUUCAUUAGCUGCUAAGUCAUCCACUCGCCCCUUUUCUACCAGAUUUCAUGCUGGUCAAAACUGGAUUAAAUGUGCUCAUGCGUUGCAAGAUUCAUCCCUUCUUCAGGCCUGUAAUGUCACAUUGACUUUGCUUCCAAACUUGGCAUGGCUUGGAUUGCCUUUUUCAGAUCGCUAUGGUGCACUAAUUCGUGCAGCAAGUCUUGCUAGAGAUGUUGCUGCAAUAGCCAUUCAGUGUGGACACUAUGGUACUGCUGUUGAAUGGCUUGAGCAAGGGCGUUCAAUUGUCUGGGAACAGCAAUUGCAGCUUCGUACUCCCUUUGAUGAUCUGCAGGCUAAGCAUCCAACACUUGCAAAUAAAAUUUCUCAGAUCUCAAAGCAGCUAGAACAAGCAAGCUAUAAAAGGACUUUGGAGAAAGAAGCUCAACAGCACCAUGCACUUGCACAUGAAUGGGAACUUUUGCUGGCUGAAAUUCGGUCCAUGCCAGGAUUUGAACAAUUUUUGAUGCCAAAAAAGCUGGCUCAGCUUUUGAAGUGUGCACAUUCUGGGCCAGUGAUCAUCCUAAACUGCAGUCAGUUGCAUUGUGAUGCAUUAAUGAUUGUGUUUGGCUCAAAAGAUGUGAUCCACCUUCCUCUUGAUGGUCUCACCUAUCAAAUCGCACAAAAUCUUGAACUAUCACUGAAUUCAUUGCUCAGAAAUAAAGACCGCAUCAUCUCAACAAAAAUGGAAUUUUCUGGUGAUGAAGCAUACUCUUCAUUUGAAAGUAUACUUUCUGAGCUAUGGUCCAAAAUUGUCAAACCAGUCUUGGAUAGACUUGAUUAUCAAAAACAAACUUCAACAUGCUCUAAUCUAAGUCGAAUUUUUUGGUGUCCCACAGGCCCUCUGGCAUUUCUUCCCAUUCAUGCUGCAGGCAUAUAUGGAACAGCUGAAUCAAAUAUCAAGCUCUCAGAAUUUGCCAUAUCAUCAUAUACUCCCACUUUAAGUGCACUUAUCUUACCAUCUGAAGACAACAUCCCACAAAAUAAUCAUCUACUGGCUGUGGCUCAGCCAAGCUCAGAUGGUCAAUUCUUUCAGCUUCCCGGUACACAAAAGAAAAUAUCUAAGAUAAAGGAAAGGCUUAAGAGGCUGAGCUCUAUGCAAGUCUUGCUUGUGGAGUCUGAUGGAAGAAAAGAUGAUGUACUGGACAAGCUACAAAAGUGCAGCUGGGCUCAUUUUGCAUGUCAUGGAAUACAAGACCUCCAAAAUCCAGUUAAUAGUGGACUACAACUUGCAAAUAACCAACACUUGAAGCUAUCUGACAUUGUCAGAGUGACACAUCCAUGAGGAGGAUUGGCCUUUCUGUCAGCCUGUCAGACAGCAACUGGUGACAAGAAACUUGCAGAUGAAGCUGUCCAUCUUGCUGCAGGAAUGCUGUUUAUUGGCUAUAGUGGGGUGAUUGCAACAAUGUGAUCAAUUUUGGAUGAUGUUGCCCCUCAGGUUGCAGAAGAUGUUUAUUCCCAGUUGUUCUCUAAUGAUAGCCCACCAGAUUAUAGGCAGGCUGCAAGGGCAUUGCACUAUGCAGUAGCGAAAUUGCAACAAAAUCCUAAAAUUUCAUUUUACUCGUGGCUCCCUUUUAUACACCUUGGUUUG